AUGACACUCAAAUUGCUUAUGAAUUCGACAUGGGGAUAUUCCAUUAAGAACCCUCAAGAGAUGAAGAGUAAACAUUAUGAGAAGGUCGACAACUUUGUUGAAAGGUUUUCUCCUUUUGUUUUGAAGUACGAAUUCACUCAAGGUCAAAGUGGCUUAGUAACCACAUUAAAACCUAUUGUCGAACAUUGGUCUUACCCUCAGUUCGCAAAAGCAGUCCUUGACGAGUACAACAAAUUCUUCUCGAAAGUCAAAUCGAAAGUUAAGGUUUACUAUGAGAACAUUGACGCACUCAUGACGAACGAAGAAGGAUACAACAAACUCAUUGAAAUGGGUAUGGUCGGUGAAAAGAUGGGUCGAUUCAAAUUGGACAAAAUUUUCACCGAAGUUCAUGUCCUCUCCAAGCGUAAGUACUGGGGCAUACUUGAAGACGGCACAGAAAUAAAACAUUGCAUAAAAUAA